ACGCACACGUCACACACACGUGACGUCAGACGCAGCGCGGCGGAGCAGUGUCGUGCUGUUGCUGGUUCUGGUUCUGUUCGGACUCUGCAUCUUUUGUUUGGAUUUAAAAUAAGACGCGCCGUUUACCUCCGAGUGACAAGGCGACAGAUAAGGACACAAAAGUGAUUAAUCUGACUGAAACAAACUACCGAGUGGCGGACAUAAGCGAAAGUUACGCCGACAUGAGUGUGGAGGCGUACGGGCCGAGCUCGCAGACUCUCACCUUUCUGGACACUGAAGAAGCGGAGCUGCUCGGAGCGGACACGCAGGGCUCCGAGUUUGACUUCACCGACUUCACUCUGCCGAGCCAGAGCCAGACAGGACACACACAGGGCCACACGCAGAGCCAGCUGGACGGACAGCUGAACGGUCCGAAUGACGGUCUGCACAAUGGAGGAGUGGAUGACCCUGUGGCCAAAACCACUCAACUGCUGCAAGAACUCAACUUUGAGGAGGAUGAGGAAGACGCUUAUUACACCAAAGACCUGCCCGUGCACGCCUGCAGGUGUUAG